AUGGCGAAGAAGAAUCGCAACCCGGGCGGCGGCGCACGAGGCAGCGGCAUGAGCGCACUGGGCAGACAGAUAUUAGACAGAGCAUUUGCCAACAACAGCACUGCAGAGACGAGCACACCCACCGCGCAACACGAGAUCUUCGACGAGUCGCCUGUGCCAGAGCAGAUCCAGCGUUACAAUCCGACCUGCUCCUGGUCCUUCCAAGAGCACUUCAACCAUCCGCAAGAGAACCAGCCCGAGAUGGACUACAACAACUACGCCAACUCGGCGUAUGCUGGGUAUGGGUAUGCUGCUCCUCCAGGCUAUAAUGCACAGUACGCUCAGCAGGCACAGUAUCAAGCAGCACCUCCCACGAUAAACAACCCCUUCAAACCACCUCCUCCUCCUCCAACAACCAUAUACGCCGGCCAGAAUGCCCAAUUCGAUCCGGACGAGCAACAGCUGCUAGCGCAGUGGCAGUCAGCAUAUGCGCCAGCAGAGCAACAGGACAGGGCGAAGAAGGGUGCAAAGAAUGAUCGCGCCGAUGGUUCUGGUGCAGCACCUGCCGGCCAGCGUGGCGCAGAAGCGGAGACUAAGAGCAAAGCCGAUGACGGCAAGUUCACUGUGGUAAGAAAAGGCGGCGGCGAAUCUUGGGAGGAUAAGUCGUUGCUGGAGUGGGAUCCCACCAAGUUCCGUAUCAUGGUGGGCAACCUGGCAGGUGAAGUCACCGACGACUCACUCACCAAAGCCUUUGCUGCCUACGGAGUCAACAAGGCGCGUGUCAUCAGAGAUAAGCGCACGACCAAGUCGAAAGGAUUCGGCUUUGUUGAGUUUACGGACGGCGAGCAGGGCUUCAAGGCAGCGCGCGAGAUGUCAGGCAAGUACAUCGGCAGCCAUCCUGUCACCAUUCAGAGAGCCAGAACCAACGUCGCUCCCGUGGUCAAGAAGGAUAGCAACAAGCAUCGGGGUAAGAACAACAAUUACAACAAGAACAAGGACAACAAGCAGCAACAGAAGGAUCCCCUGAAGGCAAACACUGGCGCAGGCAUCGAGAAGAAGCAGGCAGCCAAGCCGGCUCCUGGCCUGAAGCUGCUGGGUUGA